UUCUCCCCAAACAAGCUAACGGGACCGAGCUCUACCAAGUUGAGCAAUGGGAUGAUGAACAUACCACUGUACGCCGACUCCAAGGUGAAAUCCCGGCGCUCUACAAGGGACGACAAGGCCCAGUUUAGCGAGAUCAAGAAGCCGACUGAAGAUACAGUUAGUCAGACCAGCGGGGACACAGACCCAAGUGAUAGUGGUCGGGGAGGUAGUGAGGACGACAGCAGCCAUAGGGGAUCAGGGUUGGAUCCUGAACACAACCCCAACAAAUUAUGCUACCAGAUCUACCAUCGGGGACCGCAUGCUCCUGCUGACUCCAAACCCAGACAUCAACUUUACCACCAACAAAGACUUUCUCUACAUCCUCCAAAAGCCGGGCGCCAGACGCCCGCGCACUCAACCAAAGACUCGUCUCACAGACAACCAGUAAUUUCCCAGCGAUCACCGCAUAGUUCGGUAACUUCCGACUUUGAGUCGGACUUCUCCGGAGAUCGGAGCUCCCAGAGUAGAUCCGACAUCAGCAAGUCCUUACCAAUGAACCAUUACGUUCAGACGUUAGGGAGUGCCGGAAACUCCGGGGCAACGGCCAACCAGACACUGCCAUUUACACAACGGUCGAGGAAUGUCGCAGGCGAUUGGUCAAACCGCCCGACCAUACCUCAAAACAGUAACAACAAUACUGCUCUCAUGCGAUCAUUUCAUGGACAGAGCAACCGUUUUCCCGGACCUCAUCCCUUGACGAGCCUGAGUUCCGAGGGUCUGGCUCUUCCUAGUGCCGAUAGAUCGCAGGCCAUCCCACGGAGACAGAAGCUACAAAUCCUCGGAGAGGUCCUACCCGAGCUCUGUGCGCACAAACACACAGUGCAGCCUCACAGAGGAUGA